UAUUUCUGGAUCAUGUCAUGGCUGGCAUGAAGCUUGAUUUCUUUCCUCGUAAAAGUGAGCUUGGUUUUCUUUGAAAGUGGUGAUUACCGUCAAUGUUUUCUCUUUUAUUUACUAAUUGUGUACAAGUUAGCUUCUAAUAGUCUUCUAUCGCUCGAUAGUAUUAUUUUUAAUGGAUGUCAAGAUGUUUCCAUUGUAGUCGAGUAGAAAUCCGUACACAAAAUGAACGACGGAGACUGGAUUUGUAGCGACGCAAACUGCGGAAAUAUCAAUUUUGCGCGUCGAGUGUCAUGUUAUCGAUGUAAUAAAGAGAGACCUGAUGGUGGAAAGUCUUUCAAAAAGAAACUUGGGACUGAGAUCGGAAAGUCUGCAGCAGAAAAGUCCCGUGGACUCUUCAACGCAGAUGAUUGGCAAUGCAACAAAUGUGCAAACGUGAAUUGGGCCCGGCGCCAUACAUGUAACGUGUGUAAUGCACCGAAAUUCGGUGAAGUGGAAGCUCGUACUGGCUACGGCGGAGGCUACAAUGAGCGUGGGGUGGUGGAGUACCGCCGGCGGGACACAUCCUCGGAUGAUGAUAUUGACGAGUUUGGCAGGAGGAAACGCAAACGCAAGAGUGAACCACAAAAUAAGGUUGGCAUCACUGAAGGAGCAGCAUUCAAAGAGUUGCAAGGAACAAUGCUGCAGAAGCAAUCAAAACUGGAUCAUAUUCCAGGGCCUGCACCAAAAAUGUCACAGUCAAAAUAUAGUGAAAAUGAGAAAAUAAAAGGCAGCCUCAGUGAUGGCUCUGUGUGUGAGGUUCCCCCUCUCUCUAAAAUGGCAUUUAGAAGGCAUCAACUCCCAAACCAAUCCACUUAUCAUAGACAAGAUCACUCCUCACCUGCUUACAAACCAAAUAAUGUUCAAUCCCGUAAAAGGUAUUCCAGCAUUGGAGAUAAGGAUCACACAGGUUCAUCUGGCUAUGAAACUGCAUCAAAGAAGAGCAAACGCGACAGCACUAAUUCCCCAGUCAAAGGAUUCCCUGUCAUGGAAAAUAUGGUCUCUUCAACCAAUAAUGACAAAUUCCCUGGAACAACAAAUAGUUAUCAACUCACAUACACUUUGGAAGAAAGGGUCAGAGCAGCAGCUUUUGCUAUAGUUUACAGCAACUGUAAAAUUACAACUGAAAAAUUUGAAUGGCUGUAUGACAAGCCGGCGCCAGAUUUCAAAACUAUCUUUUCCUGGAGGCAGCGACUGCUGUCAACUGGAUGUCUUGUUGAUGGUCAUGUAGAUGCGAAAUCAAAUGAUGACAAAAAAUCUCCAGCCCAGCAAAAAAAGCAGAUUGUUCCUAGAAUACCAAAUCCUGAUGAGAUUGCUAUUUUAUCCAGUGACAGUGAAGAUGAAUCUAGAAAAGAUCAAAUGCAAACUAAGCUCUCUGCACGUCAGAGAAGUGUGAGUGCUGAAACUUUAUUUAUUGGAAGUAACGAGCAAGAAACACAUGCCGCUGGAAGUUCAAUCAGUACUAAUGAUGAUAGGCGUUCCAGAGGCAGAAGCCGAUCUGAGUCUUCACACGGGAGAUCACAUUCCAGUUCAUCAGACAGUCACGAUUCCAACUACCCAGAUACAGAUUCUGAAAAAGUUGCUAAAUCAAACACUUCUAAAACUGUGGGAAAUGACAAAAAGUCGACAUCAACUAGACCAUCAGUGCGGGAUUCAGACUCUGAUUCAAUUUCUUAUGACAGUGAAGAUGAAAAUUUCUUGUCAAGGGUGUAUGGGGAGAACAAAAAAUCCAGACGUAAAUUGAAAAAACGUAAUGUGCCACCAACAGUUGCCACAAAACCUCUAAAUACACAAAUUCCAUAUUUGUCCGAGUCACCAGUCCGACCAGUUAAUAAUAAUAAUCCACCUUUUCAAGGCUAUAGUACUGCCAAACCAACAGUGCAGCAGUCUCCAUUAGUGACUGGAAAUAUAUACACUUGUAAUUUGCGCAACAUGAAUGUCAGGAAUAAUGACAAUCCCAUUGACACAGAUGGAUGUUCAAGUGAAUAUAUUCCGACAAAACUGGGGUCAACUACUAAAAAUUAUCAGCAAUUUAAAGACAAUGUUAGAAAGAAGGGUUAUUGGGCGAAAGGAAAUGGAGCAGCUUUCCGGAACACUAUUCACAUAUCCAAUGAACCGAUAACCCGGCCUGCUAAUCGAACUUUACCUAAUAAUACUACUUACUCUUUUAAUACACAAGGCGUCCAACGUACCAAUGGGACUAAAAUACCUGAAAGUAAACCAAUUGAAGACAUGUAUUCUGUUAAGAAAUCUCAAUCUUUCCACAUAAUCAAUGAUCCAAUAACACGAUUCAAUAAAAAACCACCUAAAGAAGUAUACCCCCUAAUUAAAUCUGAUUAUGUUUCCAAUGCUAAAACUAACAGAUCUCUAGAUUUUACUAUGAAAAAUGUACAAAACAUAGAAAUUGAUGAUCAAUUUUUGCCAUUUGAUAAGCCUGCACAAUCAACACCUAAUAUAAGUGUUACAGAAAAUACAUCACGCAUAUUUGACGUUGUGCAAUCGAAUCCGUCUUCUAAAAAUCGAAGUAUUAUGGAUAUUUUCAACAUGAAUGAUAAAGCCAAUGAAAGUCCAGAGCAAAAUAAUGAUCUCGAAAAAUAUGAUAGUGUUCACAAGAUGUACGAGACAACGUGGGACGAAGAUGAUGACGCUCUCUAUAAAAAUGAUAGUAUGGAUGAAUCAACACAAGAUAAACAAAACCGUUCACCUAGUAUUAGGAAUCCAAGUCCUAUUUCCAAUAUGCUGUAUGCCACAGACGAAAGUAUAUCACUUCAAAAUACACCUAAAAAGAAAUUACCGGAAAUUAUUGAAAGUAAACGCGAUAUGUUACUAGAUCUUUUAAAUAAUUAUCCAAAAAUCCAGGAUAAAGAUCAAACUGCAAUAGUACAACAUCAGCCGAUAUUGCAAGAACCACAAGCUAUACCAGCAGAACUAUCCAAUGAAAUACUAUCUUUGUCAGAGACAAAUGUUAGCAAUGUCCCAUUGCCUCCAGAAAAGAUGUCCAAAAAUACAGUGAUUCCAUCAAAACAAAUACAGAUUAUUGAAUCAAUCACUAUUCCGCCUAACUCCAAUGUAAAUUGGCCAAAUUCUUAUGAUCUCAAACAAACUAACAACCAAUGUGAUAUAGUUGAACAUUCAUCAAAUCAAAACAAAAUUAAUAAUGUGUCUGAAGAGUUGAAGAAUACAGAGAUUGAGAUAUCAGCACAAGAACCGUCUCAGCCUCAGCCUCCGCCUAUGGCUACUUUAGAUCUGUCCAAUCUUCUAACUGGAAUCAAUACCAACACUCUUUUGUUGGCUCUUCAAAAUUUACAGCAAAUCAACCAAAACACUUCAAAUGAAAAUUUUGCUGAUAACAACCAAGGUGAUCCUGAUGAUAACAAUGAAAAUGAUGAUGUACAACAUGUGGAAACUAUUAACUUAACAAAUGAUGAGGAAUGGGAGAAAGAAUCUAAUUGUGAAGGUAGCAUAGAGAGGGAACUACAGAAACUAGAUGGCAAUACUGGAGAUACUCCUUUUUUAAGUGACAUUUUUGAUCCUGGACCAGUUGUCAUGCCUAGUAAUGUUUCUAAAAAAUUUAAUAUAAAUCUCAUCAGUGCUGAAGAUAAUAAGUCUGAUGCACAAAAACUUCAUUUAAAUGAAAAUGCGCCCGUGAUCGGCAACUUCAAAAGCUUCGCUUUACCCAAGCCAAUAAUGUUGAAUCGAUUGAAAUUAACGGUGAAACCUCCUGAAAAGGUCAAAAAGAGUUCUGGAAAGAAAUCCAAACGCAAGAAGAAGAGCAAACCUUCAGCGUCGCAGGGAGAGGAGGAAGGCGUAGAGGAUGAGGAGGAAGAAUCGGGAGACGAGGCCGACCUUUCUAAGUACGAGCUGUGGGAAAGCGAUGAGGAAAAGGGGAACUCCUCAAAAGCGGGUGGAGCAGAAAAUGCCGAAAAAUCCAAAGAAGGUGAAAGUUCCAAGGAAGGACAAGAUAAAGGAGACAAUAAUGGUAAAACUGCUUCCCCUGUCAAAAAGAACAGUAAAAGAAGGUCGCGAAGCUCGUCUUCAUCGUCCAGCUCCUCAUCAAGCUCCAGUUCUAGUCACAGCUCAACGCAAGGGCCUAAAAACAAAUUCGACGACUUUAAUCUGAACAGUGAGCGCGAGACUUCGCCCAAGGGCCGCAAGUCGCGCUCCCGGUCCCGAUCGCCGCGGCCCAAGCCCACCAGUGCGCCCGCGCGCCGAAAGUCCCGGGACAGCCGGUCUGCGGGAGAAUCUAGGAGCCACGACAAAGAGUGGAACCGUGAUCGCGAGCGUCGGGACAGGCCGCGUGGCAACCGCGACGAACGCAAGGAGCGCCGCUACAGCCGAGACGGAGGCAACCAUUACGGAGCCCGCGGACGCCACCGCUAAACCAUCGGUCAGUGGUCGUGACGUCUAGAGUAAUAUGAAGGCUGCAUGGUUACUCUGAAAAACGUUCCGUGACGUAAUCUGAAGUUUCGUAUGUCCAUCCCUUUCACAUAAAUCGAGAUGCCAUUAUGAGCGACGGUGACAGGUCGAUGUGGCAAACAUCAGAACUUAGAAUCCAGCAUUGUUGAUUGUAGUAGCGCCCUCCUGUAAAGGUAGCCUCUCGAACUAAGCGUCACAGACGCAGCGUCUUUAGCUUUGGUCUUGUGCUACUGACGCCGCGUCACUAACUCGCUUCGAAAGGCUACCUUUAAGACCAAAGCUAAAGACGCUGCGUCUGUGACGCUUAGUUCGAAAGGCUACCUUAAAUGUCUUAUUUAUAUGGGACACUACUUUUUCGAAUGUGGCAAAAAUCUAAACUGAUAACCCAGUAUGACAGGGUUUCUCAAACUUUCGGCUCCACGAACCCCUGUUAAAGUUUCCAAGGUACAGCGAACCCCAACUUCACUAUUUAAGUCCCCCCUUCUAAAGAAAAUAAUAAGGUUUUAAUUCCAAUAUAAGUGCCAAAAAAUGUAUUUUUAAUAUGUGACGGGUGUACCUGUUUCUUGUCGCAAAUGGAGUCAAUUUACGAGUAAUUUUGGGCAAUAUUUCAACCUUAAUUCUGCCACCAUUACGUAAAUCUUGUUGCGAACCCCCUAGUGUCGAAUGGAUCCCACCUUGAGAAACCCUGCAGUAUGAUAUUGGCGAUAGGAGGGCGCUACCCUCCUGUCAUUGUCAUAGCUGGGACUCCACUGUCGGACAACUAAACGUAAACAGCGGUUCGGAGUAACCCUGCUGAGCACAACUAUGUUUUGCAGUCCUACUGCUCAGUUCUACUGGUAUUGGGUAAUUUAGCUACCACUGCAAAUUACUUUUUUCGUAUCUUUCAGGUAGGAUUAAGUAGUAAGACGGCGCAGACGCAAUGUAGGGCCAAAACAUCAAGCAAAUAACGCGCGAAUGGCGUGUAAGGUGCAUAAAUUAUUCGACUCGAGCAGUAAUUUAUUUUAAUGGUAUACUGACCAUAUUUGCUUAUUAAUUCUCGACUCUUCAGUGAUGUGUCGUUAGCAUCUUAGCUUACCUGUUGCCCUUACCUAAUAUUAAACCUUAUCAACUUGUCUUAAGGGCAAAAAAUAUAAACGUGCAAAUCCUUGUAAAUAAUUAAGUUGCAAUAGUUGUACCUAUAACCUGCGCACAAGCAAAUAGGGUGAAAUAAAGCUGCUUAAUCAAUCUGAACAUCACUACAUGAUAUGCCGCACUAUGGAGCGAAAUUGCGAUUUAUGGACAUAGCGAUUUUUUUCACAAUUUCUAUUUGAAAAAAAUACCUAUCGAUAGGUUACGUUAUUCUGAUGAAUAAAUGCUGCACAAGUUUUUCUCUAAAACCAAUAGUUUGACUGGAAAAAAAUAUUUUCCAUUUUCGUUGUAUGGAAUGAAACAUAAAGUGGUCGAUUUCGACUAAGCCUUGACAGAUCUUGCUUUGAAACUACUUGAGCCUUGUUCUAUGGCUUGUUGACUGUAAUCCUACGCUAUCAGCGCGCGUCCAAAGUUGCCCGUUCACAAGUUAUGAGGUUCUGAAAAAUUUAAAAAAAGUAAGUAAAAGUGACUUUUUUUUGGAAUAUCUUUAAAGAUUUAACAAAAAUAUAAAGAUUUUAUACGUUAAUAAUGUAAAUUAACCUUAAAUUACUGCUAAAAACACAUUUUAAUAAACUUAAAAGGAAUUAAAUCAGCGAUUUUUUUUUCACAAUUUCUGUUUAAAAAAAAUACCUAUCGAUAGGGUAUGUUAUUCUGAUGAAUAAAUAUUAUGAACGUUUUUCUCUAAAACCAAUAGUUUGGCUGGAAAAAAAUAUUUUCCAUUUUCGUUGUAUGGAAUGAAACAUAAAGUGGUCGAUUUCGACUAAGCCUUGACAGAUUUUGCUUUGAAACUACUUGAGCCUUGUUCUAUGGCUUGUUGACUAUAAUCCUAGACUAACAGCGCGCGCACAAAGUUGCCCGUUCAGAAGUUAUGAGGUUCCGAAAAAUGAAAAUUAAAGUAAGUAAAAGUAUCUUUUUUUGGGUAUAAAUCUUUAAAGAUUCAACUAAAACAUGAAAAUUAUAUACUUUAGUAAUGUAAUUAACCUUUUUCUUGUCGUCUUAUCUAAAGAAAAGGCAAUUUUAGUUAUUUUAAUUUUCAUUUUUCGGAACCUCAUAACUUCUGAACGGGCAACUUUGGGCGCGCGCUGUUAGUGCAGGAUUAUAGUCAACAAGCCAUAGAACAAGGCUCAAGUAGUUUCAAAGCAAAAUCUGUCAAGGCUUAGUCGAAAUCGACCACUUUAUGUUUCAUUCCAUACAACGAAAAUGAAAAAUAUUUUUUUCCAGCCAAACUAUUGGUUUUAGAGAAAAACGUUCAUAAUAUUUAUUCAUCAGAAUAACAUACCCUAUCGAUAGGUAUUUUUUUUAAACAGAAAUUGUGAAAAAAAAAUCGCUGAUUUAAUUCCUUUUAAGUUUAUUAAAAUAUGUUUUUAGCAGUAAUUUAAGGUUAAUUUACAUUAUUAACGUAUAAAAUCUUUAUAUUUUUGUUAAAUCUUUAAAGAUAUUCCAAAAAAAAAGUAACUUUUACUUACUUUUUUUAAAUUUUUCAGAACCUCAUAACUUGUGAACGGGCAACUUUGGAUGCGCGCUGAUAGCGUAGGAUUACAGUCAACAAGCCAUAGAACAAGGCUCAAGUAGUUUCAAAGCAAGAUCUGUCAAGGCUUAGUCGAAAUCGACCACUUUAUGUUUCAUUCCAUACAACGAAAAUGAAAAAUAUUUUUUUCCAGUCAAACUAUUGGUUUUAGAGAAAAACUUGUGCAGCAUUUAUUCAUCAGAAUAACGUAACCUAUCGAUAGGUAUUUUUUUCAAAUAGAAAUUGUGAAAAAAAUCGCUAUGUCCAUAAAUCGCAAUUUCGCUCCAUAGUGUGCCGUUCUGACUAAAGAAUAAUUUAAGAAAGGAUUAUUGUAGUUUGAAUAAAUGACACCUGCCUGUGUAUAAGAAAACAGGGAUAUUUUAUGAAGUUAAUUUUAAAAAUAAAUGUGGUUUAACGAUUAUAAUAUAGGUAAAAAAACUAUUUUCAUUGCAGCAACCUAUAAAAGAUCUUAUUUCUCAAAACAAUAUUGUAGUAACUGUGAAAAAGAUAUUUUGUUAAAGAUUUCUUCUUUUUUUUGUUAUAUAAAAUACUGUUUAAGGAUUCUUGUAGAAUUUCAAUGUAACUGGAAAGAUGAACGUAAAGUUUAAUUAGUGUAAGAUUUGAGUUCAAGGUCAAUUUCUUAUUCGAGUCAUUGCAUAUGGUUCCUGCUUCUUGCUGUAACGAUGCUAUCUACAAUGUGUUGCGGUAUGUGAUAUGGUUUAUUGUUAAGUUAAAAUUUAUUUACUUACGUUGACCUUGAAUAUAAAUCAAGCUUUUUGUAUUUUGUACAUAAUUCUAUAAUAAAUAUGUAUAUGUGUAUAGUUCUGACGUUGGUGCGGUGUAGAGUUAAAAACAAAUGACAGCGUAACAGUCAGACUAUUGAUCUUACAAACUAUUCAAAUAGGUACAUAAUUUGGUUGGAAAUGAGAUGGAUUGCUGUAGAUAUCUCUCGCUCGCUCUUGUUGUAUAAAAAAAAGCGAAAGAGGCAUCUCCCCGGGCACUAUUUUCUACUCAGUCUUCAUUUCUCCGGCUUUUAAUUGUAAUAUUUUGCUCAUCGUUGUGGUAUUGUGUAAAGUACAUACACAAAGUAGGUACUUGCAUUUAUUUUAAUGAUUUUUUUAAAUAAUCAAAAUUUUGUUAUUUUGUCUAACGGCAAACUCAAAAAUGCUUUUUUGUAGUUAGUGCUUAUUAUAUCCCGUUCUGUCAAAUCUUGAAAUGUAAUAGUGUUUUCUUGCAUCACUUUUUUACAGUUAUGGAUUGACAUAAACGCAAAUACCAAUUGACAAAUCAUUUUUGUGAUAGGUAUUAGGUAUACAAGUAUUCUGUAAAUACAAAAUUUAGAUUUAAGCGAUAAUUCAUAAUUUGUCUGAAUUUGUGUCAACCUUUUGGGUUUGUUAAAAGACGUGUAGGUUUUAAUGUAGUGGAGUAUCUUAUAAGACUUGUAUGGUAAUGGAUUUGCCAUGAAAAUAAAAGAAAUAUUAAAAA